GGCAUCUGGGUUCUGAAGGCAACGUGGGUGCUGGGCGGCAGGGUUCGGAAGGCACGGUGGGUGCUGGGCGGCAGGGUUCUGAAGGCACGGUGGUGCCGGGGAAGGGCAGUUGGGGCUCGUGCUGGGAGCCGGGGUGUGGUCUGAGCCCCGACUACUUGGUGGCUUCUCUCUGGCAGAUCCCACAUGGAGGAGCAGAGGCCUCCCAAACGCCUGCGCACCGGGGCUCCUGAUCCAGGUGGGCACCGUCGGGAGCCAGGCCGCUCUGGUGUGGAAGGUGAAGACCCUGUGGAAGCACAUGGCCCUGCAGAGCCAGGCCAUCCCUCGAAACCCUUUGCCUACGUGAAACCCAUGAGAUGUGAGAGCCCAGCUUUCACAGAAGCUGCUCGUCUUGCAGAGAGAGGCCGAGGCCGCCACAGGGCCAGAAGCCCAAGGACAGAAAGAGGCCGCCGCAGGGUGGCAGGCCUCCCCCGGGGCCCCAGCCCCCAGGCGGGGCCAGGACACAUGCUGGGGCCAGAUUUGCAUGCAGAGUUGGACCUUGGUGACGAGCCCACCCACCGCAUGGAACUGGAAGCCAGGCAGUCCUGGUCCUUCCCCUUUACUGAUGCAGUGACAGUGCACGUGCAGGGAUGUGUGCUGUGGGGCCACAGCCCCCACACGGCCGUACUUGGCGUGAGACGCCAGGGGCAGCCCGACGCCUCUGGGUAUUGGGCUCUCAUGGGGUCCCCGGCCUCGGCCGUCUCUCCCCACAUCGGGUUCAGGGCCUCGGCUGGCUCAGCUUUGUUCUUCAUGCAGACGUCUUCUGGCACCUAUGUGUAUGGGGUCCCAACAUUCUUCACCCACUUUGCACGCUGAGCCCCCUAAUAACUUGCCGUCAGCUUCCGUUUCUCUGACCUGGGUGUUUGCUAAAUACUCCUUUUUCUGCAGCCCAAACCUGAGUUCCCCCUCAGCCCCCACUCUCCUCUCCCACCGUGGUGGACCUCUAGGUCGUGUUGUCCAGCUGGGUCUGCGAGCCCCCUCCCAGGGUCCUGGCAGGUCCCACGCCCCGCUGCUCUCCCCAUUUUGUGUUUUAUCAUUCAUUUAGUCCCUCAGUGCUGGCUAAAACAAGUCAGCAGCGUCCCCCUGCCCUCCCUGUCUCAGCCCGUUCGGUCUGCGGUCACCAACUACCACACAACGGGUGGCGUGGAAACCACAGACAUCGGGUCUCACAGUUCCGGAGGCUGGAAGGCCGAGACCACCGGCAGAUUCGGUGUCUGCUGCCACCCCACUGCCUGGUUUAUAGACCGCUGUCUGCUCACUGAGUCCUCACACAGCUGAGGAGGUGAGAGCUCUCUGGGGUCCGAGGGGUCCUUUCAUAGGGGCACUAACCCCAUUCAUGAGGCUCCACUCUCAUGACCUAAGCACCUUCUAAAGGCCCCUCCUCCAUCACACUGGGGGUUAGAAUUUCAACAGGAAUUUUGGGGCACACAAACAUUUAAUCUGUAGCAUCCGCCCACCACCAUUUUUUCAUUUUGGUGCAUAACCACCAAAUUUAAGAAAAGAGAACACAACGAAAGAGUGAAAAACGGAAAAAGUUACAUCCAAGAAAAUAGAACAUUCAGAAAAAGACGCAAAGAGUGUGAUUAACAUCCUCAGAGAGAGAGGGGGUGAUAUGAUGUCGCUGGCACAAUAGCACGUACCUGCAUGUGAAGCCAAUUAAAGAUGCUUGAGAUGAAGAGUAAGGUUGUUGGAACAAAACGUGUUGUGAUUUGAGUUGCAGAACGGGCAGGACUGAGGAACAAAUCACUAAACUAGACGUGUGUGCAGAGGGAGCCCCCAGAAUAUGGCAAAAGAGGGGCGGGAAGUUUGAAAGUCCGCAUGGAGCCCAGCUCCCAGUGGGAUAUCCGGCAGGAGUUCUGCCAGGAGGAACAGAACAUUCGGAUGAGCACAACAGAGGAAACAACCAACGUCCCCACAUGAAGAAAGACAUGAACCCUGAGCAGGAUAUGAGAAUGACACACAUUUGAAUGAAGUGUGGUGGAGAGAAAAUUCCCAAAACGACCUGAGAGAUGAGCCCUACGCGGAAGCACAAUUAGCCUGCCACAGACUUCUCUCGGCGGCAUCAGUGAGUCCAAGGAAGCCGUGGGAUGACAUCCUCAAAGCCUGGAGAGUUAAUAACCCUGAGUCUAGAAUUCCAUAACCAGUCAGAGAUGCUCCUGUGCUCCAGACCAGGUGGUGCACGAACAGAUGGUCCUGGAACUCCUGCAGCCAUUUCACCAGCUCGGGGAGGAGGGGGUGGUCAGGUGGGAGUGGGGGUGGUGUAGGGAAAGAGGAGAAAAAUAGCCUGAAUCCUGAUCAAACUCGACCUGAAACUUGAGUUGUGUUGAGUAUUUUGUUACCUGCACAGUGAAAGCACAGGUGUUUCUCAGCCAGGAAAGAAAGGUCUCGGGAGGAAGAAGUGGAUGCAAGGAGGAUCAGUAAGCAAGGAAAGUAGAAAACUAUUAUUGAGUCUAAAGUGGGUUUCUGGAAGAAAGAUGAAUAACAUGGAAUUAAAACUCUGGAAGAUGUUGACAUAGUAAUUUGGGGGGAAGGAGAGUUCAGAAGGAGCUAAAUAUUACUAAAAUUCUUCUCUAGUUCCUGGAGAUGUUACAGAUGAUGCAUAGGAGGGAGCAAUGGAGCUGUGGACAUUUUUAAGUACGUGUCCCCAUUGGUAACCACUAACUGAACUGAAAUUGAAUGUAAAGUUUCAGGUUAGGAAAAAGUGGAUCAAAGAGAAUUUGAUGGAUCAAACAAAAGGCAUAGUGGGUUAAUGAAACAAGGAGAAAGCGUGACACAUUUAAGAUGCUAAAUAAGGAAUAACUAACCUGAUGGCAGCCUCCUUGUGGGUUCUGGCUUCAAUGGGAAUAUUUUAAAUGUGUUACCAUUAAGUAGGGCGUUUCCUGUAGGUUUCUCAUAGAUAUGCUCGAUCAACUUGAGAUCCUUGCCAUUCUUCUCAGAAUUUGAUAAAAGGUUUAUUACAAAUUGGAUUUUGUAUUUUAUUAAGUAAGCUUUGACUGGCUGAUUUUAAGAUUCAUCUGUAAGAGAAAACGAAGAGAAUUUUUCCAUGAAAGAUUUUUUCUUGUGUAUUUCAACUAUCCUCUUAAAUAAACCCUUCUCUUUGGC